CGAUCAACCAAAGAAGAAAAAAUCUUAUCUUUUUCCUCGUUUUCUCUCUUUUGUGCUUGUUUCCGCUUGUCUUGGGCCGAGGUCAUGGCGGAGGAUGUUGGAUUUGACUCUCAGGUGGCGGCGAAGAUGGUAGAGGAGUUGAGGAGCGGCUUCAGAAAGGGAAGGACGGCGGAGUAUGAGUGGAGAGUGACCCAGUUGAAGGGUCUUGUCAGGAUGAUUGAUGAGAGAGAGACUGAGAUCGUUGAUGCUCUUGAUAAAGACCUUAAGAAACCCAAGAUGGAGUCCUUUCUCCAUGAGAUUUCAUUGGUGAGAUCAUCGUGUUUGAUGGCUCUUAAAAAAUUGAAACAGUGGAUGAAGCCUGAGAAGGUUCCGUCACUGCUUGCUGCACAUCCGUCAUCAUCAUAUAUUGUAUCUGAGCCGCUCGGCAUUGUGCUUGUGAUUUCUGCGUGGAACUACCCUUUCUUGCUAUCUCUUGAGCCUGUUGUUGGAGCUAUUGCAGCGGGUAAUGCUGUUGUCUUAAAGCCAUCAGAAAUUGCACCAGCAGUAUCAUCACUGUUUGCAAACAUUUUGCCCAAAUAUGUGGAUAACUCUUCUAUAAAAGUUGUUGAGGGUGGUGUUGCUGAAACUACUGCUCUAUUGGAGCAGAAAUGGGACAAAAUACUUUAUACUGGUAAUUCGAGAGUAGGUCGCAUUGUGAUGACUGCUGCCGCAAAGCACCUAACACCUGUUGUCUUGGAACUCGGAGGAAAGUCACCUGUAGUUGUUGAUUCGAACAGUGAUUUAAAGGUUGCGGCAAACAGAAUUGCUGUUGGGAAGUGGGGUUGCAAUAAUGGGCAAGCUUGUAUUGCUCCAGAUUAUAUAAUUACGACAAAAUCAUCUGCUCCACUUUUGGUAGAUGCAUUUAAAUUUUCUUUGGAGAAAUUCUAUGGGAAAGAUCCACAAGAAUCGAAAGAUUUAUCUCGCAUUGUGAACUCCAACCAUUUUGCGCGCUUGACAAGGCUCUUGGAUGAUGAUAAAGUUUCCGACAAGGUUGUUCAUGGAGGACAGCGUGACGAAAAGCAGCUAUUCAUAGCACCAACACUUUUGCUCGACAUCCCGUUAGAUUCAUUGGUAAUGAAUGAAGAAAUAUUCGGUCCUCUGCUUCCGAUCAUCACGGUCGAAAAGAUAGAAGAGAGUUUGGAUAUAAUAAAUGAUAGAGCAAAGCCUCUUUCUGCUUAUCUCUUCACCAAAGACAAGAAGCUCGAAGAGAACUUCAUAAAGAACAUAUCAGCUGGGGGAAUUCUUGUCAAUGACACAACUUUACAGGUUGCAAGUCCUCACCUCCCAUUCGGCGGUGUAGGAGAGAGUGGAAUGGGAGCGUAUCAUGGCAAGUUCUCAUUUGAUACAUUUAGUCACAAGAAGGCAGUUAUGUCUCGUGGUUUUGGAGGUGACUUGCCGGCGAGGUACCCGCCAUAUACUCCACAGAAACAGAAGCUUUUAAGAGGUUUACUGAGUGGUAGCAUCCUAGCUUUAAUUUCUGCUAUCAUUGGAUGGCCUAGGAUUGAAUGAGUGUUUUCUUUGAAUGAUGUGAAUAAUGUUUGGUAAUUGGUAACUUAAGGAAUUCUAGUGUUUGGAGAUUAUUACAUUGUUAAAUUCUAUUUGUUUCUUAUUGCAAAGGAAUUUAUAUAUGUGGGGUCCUUUUGUUGUUA